CACGAUUGACGACCAACCAAAAAACAAUAAUAACGAAAUCAGAAGUACAGAAAGAACAAAAGGGAAGGAAAGAAAGAAAGAAAGAAAGGCACCAACCAUGCCCCGAAAAUCCACCAGCAGCAGCACCCCCGGCGACGACGGCGGAACAGCAGAACAACCCCAAAUACACUCUCAAUCCCCCUCAGAUAUCGUUCACCUUCCCGAAUCAACAGGACAGAUGGUAGAAGCGACAGAACAACAACUUAAGGCGCGGGCCGAAGGGGGUGUGAGUAUUGAGGACUACCUCCUCCCCCGCUCCCUCACCCUCCGACUAGCAAAAUCCGUUCUUCCGCCGAAUACAUCCAUACAGAAGGAUGCGGUAUUGGCGAUUCAGAAGGCCGCGACGGUGUUUGUGUCGUAUUUGUCGUCGCAUGCCAACGAAGCAACUCUCAAACGAACCGUCGCCCCGUCGGACGUCUUCAGCGCCAUUUCGGAACUAGAGUUCGAUGGAUUCCGCACACGACUGGAGCAGGAGUUGGAGGCGUUUACGGAGUUGAAGGCGGGGAAGAGGAGGGCGAAGAAGGGGGAUACUAGUACUGCUGCUGCUGCGGCGGAGGGAGUGGGGAAGGAUGCUGAGGAGGAAGAGGAAGAUGGGGAUAGAGGGGUGAAGAGGGUGAAGCGGGCGGAGGAGAAGAAGAAUGGUAUUGGUGGUGGUGGGGAGGAAGAGGAAGGGGAUGAGACGCAGGAGGAGCAUGAGCAGGAACAGGAGCAGGAUGAUGAAGAGGAAGAGGAGGAGGAGGAAGAGGAAGAAGAGGACGACGAGGAAGAAGAGCACAAGGAUGAUGAGGAGGAUGAGGAAGAGAAUGAUAUUGAUCGGGUGGAGGAUUUGGAUCGGGCGAAACGGCCGAUGAACCCGGAUGUUGAAGGGGAUGAGUCGGACAGUGAGGAUGAGGAUGGGCCGGGGAGUCAGUUGCGAGGGGAUUUGGGACUGGGUUAGAUUGUGUUUCAUGAUGAUUAUGUGUGUAUGGUAUGGUAUAUGUCUUGUCUCUGUUUACGGCUGAUGGUUAUGCGGCAACGAAAUGGUUUGUUGCAUGAUAUCACUUCUACUCCAUAUCCAAUGUACAAUGUGUUGAUACCCAAUUCAACUUCAUCACAACC